GGUGGAUUUUAAUGUAUAAUACGUAUAUCAAUGCAUCCUUAUGUAUAUACAAACAUGUGUGUAUGUCUGCGUAUAUGUGCGAGUGUGUGUGUGUGUGCAUGCACGUGCACGUGUGUGUAUGUAUGUGUGUGUGUGCAUUGUGUGUGUGUGUGUGUGUGUGUGUGUGUGUGUGUGUGUGUGGUAUGUAUGUAUAUAAAAAGUGUCAAAGUUUGUUUCAAUAAAUUGUUUGGUUUUAAAAGGAUAUAUAGAUAGGUAGGUAGGACGUUGGCAGGAUUGGCUAAGUUAAGAUCCUUGUGAGACUAGGCUUAAGGGUUUUUAGGUUGAGUUUUUCUUUCAGAAGACUUUUGAUAAGUUCAUUGUUCACAGAAUAAAAAACAGUUUUCAUUAAAGAUUCCUACUGCUGUUAUAGUCGCCACUUAAACAAACGAACCGACAAUACAGACAGCCAAGUUACAAUCUCUAAAAAACAUACAAUAACAACAUUAACAAAAAUAAUAACAAUAAAAACAACAACAACAAAUAACAAAGCAGUCAAUUCAACAAGACAACAACAGCCGUACACAACUUCAACUACAACAGCGACAAUGAGCUCCCAAAGCGUUCAACAGAAGAAAAAAAUUGCGAUUGUCGGGGCUGGCUUGGUUGGGGCACUGCAGGCAUGCUUCAUGGCAGAAAAGGGCUACCAUGUAGAAGUCUAUGAAAUGAGAGAUGAUAUAAGAAAAUCUGAGAAAGUUUUUGGGAGGAGUAUCAAUUUGGCCUUGUCAUGCAGAGGGAAGGAGGCUUUGAGGAUGCUUGGCCUUGAGGACGAGGUGACGAAGAAUGGCAUUGAAAUGUUUGGCAGGAUGGUACAUGAUUAUAAAGGGGGCACCAAGUUCAUCCCGUACGGGAAGGAAAAUGAGGCAAUUAUGUCCAUUGACAGACGGAAGUUCAACGAGUUAUUGAUUUCAGCGGCGGAAAGUUACAGCAGUGUCUACAUCAACUACUGCCACAAACUGGUUGAUUGUGCAUUUGAUAGGAGAGAGCUGACUUUUGAAAAAUCUGAAACCAAAGAAUUGAAAACUGUGAAAUUUGAUAUCGUGAUGGGAUGUGAUGGCGCCUACUCUAAUCUUCGAUUCAACAUCAUGAAGAAUACCAAACUACAAUACAGUCAAGAAUACAUACCGGAUAGAUACAUGGAACUUAGGAUCCCGCCAAAUGCCGAUGGGAGUUUCAUGAUGCCAAAGAACUAUCUCCACUUAUGGCCUCGAACUACGUUCAUGCUGAUUGGUCUGCCAAAUGUUCCGGACCACAGUUUUGUCAUGACCCUAUUCGCUCCCUACCAGAUUUUUGAGUCGCUGGACAGCGAUAGGAAAGUCAUUGAAUUUUUCAGAGCUAACUUCGUGGAUGCUCUUGAGAUGAUGGGCGAGGCUUUCGUGACAAAUGCCUUCAGAACCUUACCUCCAUUACCACUCGUUUCUGUGAAGUGCAAACCGUACAAUCUGGAAGAUUACGGAGUGCUGCUGGGUGAUGCUGCCCAUGCUAUGGUGCCCUUCUAUGGCCAGGGACUUAAUUGCGGUUUUGAGGACUUGAUUGUUUUCAACGAAUUCAUGGAGAAAUACGAUCACGACUUCAAAAAAGUUCUCCCGGAAUUUUCAGAGUAUAGAAGCAUUGAUGCUCAGGCUAUGAACGACCUGGCAAUGCGUAAUUACAAAGAGAUGAAAGCCGAUGUGAACUCCAGAUUGUUCAUACUGAGAAAAAAGUUGGAUAACAUUCUUUAUUGGAUGCUUCCAAAAACAUGGGUUCCUCUCUAUACAUCGGUCUCUUUCUCGAGGAUCAGGUAUCACCAAUGCAUGGCGAAUCGGGAUUGGCAGGAUAAAGUAAUAAAUAGAGCAGUAGUAACUUUACUAUGUUGUACAAUGGCUGGCCUAACAUACCUAGGAUUCAAUAUGGGCUAUUUCGCGAAAUUGAACAGCCGCCUAGCUCCUUGGUGUUCUCGUGUUACCGAAAUGAUAAAUUUUAAAUGAAUUUAUUUGUUAUCUAAUAAAAGUUUAAUAUAUUGAAAUGAAAAAUGAUUUUAUUUCAUUGAGGAUCAAUGAUAAAAUUGCUUAAUUAGCAAGCUUGUUGCCGACAGAAAUUUAAUUUAUUCAAAGCAAUACUAUUGAAAUUGGUAAAUUCUAAUAUUGCUAAAGUAUUAUUAUUAUUGCUGUGACAUGAUUUAUUUUUUUAUUCUUAAACUUUUUAAUAAUUGCUAUCAGAAGAGUGAUUUCUUUAUGCUAGAUAUAUUGAAUAAAUGAAUGCUUUUUCGAAAAAACUG